AUGUCGGAGAAUUUAAAGAGAGCAGAAUCAUUGUUUAAUAGAAUAAUGAAUCAAACAACUAACAAUGAUUCAUCAACAUCAUCAUUUGCAUCACAAUCAUCAACACCAACAACACCAAUACUGGAAUCAUCACCAACUACAUCAAAUACUACAACUGCCAAUACUUCUACUUCACGCUCUAAUAUUUUAGGUUCCAGAAAAUUCAAUUCAUCUUCAUAUUCUGUUCCUACCGUUUCAUCUAAUAUUCCCAAAUUGGAUAUUGAAAAAUUAACUCGAGAGGCAUUAGCUUCUGUUCCAGAGUCGCAUCAUACAUUACCUUAUUGUUGGACCAUAUGGUAUCAUUCAAGAAAUAAAAAGAAAGAACAAGGACAAAAAGUAUCCGAAGAAUUACAAGAGUCAAUUGAAGAACAACUGCCAGAGCAACAACAACAACAAAGUGUUGGAGUCGAUUCAUAUUUACAGACCACUAAUGAAUUGGAGUUUAUUGACUUUUCUACUGGGAACCCAAUCCAUCAUAUUGCUUCUUUAGAACAAUUAUGGAGUAGUUUUUCAUCAAUUAAAAAAACAUAUACAUUGAAUAUUGGCACUGAAUUUUUAAUUUUCAAAACUGGUGUGAAUCCUGUAUGGGAAGAUCCAAUAAAUUCCAAAGGAGGUAGAUGGGUUUUCCGUUUUAAUAGAAAAAUCAUGGAUGGGUAUAAUAAUAAUGAUAAGAAGAGUAAUAAACAAGAGUUGUUCCGGAAAAGAACAAGUUUAAUUUGGGAAAGAUUAGUGUUAAAGACUUUAACGGGAUCUUUAAUUCCUGAUUCGAAUUCUAGUGAAAUUCAAGAAUUAUUAUUAAAUGAUAUUUGUGGAUUAGUGUUGAGUGUUCGUAAAGAUGAAGAUAUUAUAAGUUUAUGGAAUUCAAAUUUAAAUUUUUUCGGAAAAAAGGACCAAACCAAAAAGUUGACUUCAUUCCAAGCAAGAAGAAUUAUUUGUGAUUCAAUAUUACGUGUCAUUCGUGAAUGUGAUUUGAUUAAUCAAGGUAGUGAUUGUGUUGAAACUAUUGAUACCGGUUCUAAUGAAAGAGUUUUUGGUGUUAGUUUUGAUUAUAGAAUUCAUGCUGAUAAUGAAAGAGAAAGAGAAAAGUCUAUUGCUAGUAAUGGUGCUAAUGGUUCUACAACAGGUGGCAGUACAGGUAGCAAUAGUGGACAAACUUAUGGAAACCAUUACAAUAGGAGAUACAACAAAUAUAACAGCAAUAACAGCAAUAACAGCAACAGCAACACUGCUAGCAAAACAGAUUCCAUUGCCAAGUAA